UUAAAUAUUAAGAUUAGGGACCAUUAACGAAAUUUGAUCAUAAUUGUCCGAGGUUUUGCAUAAACUUAAGAUGAGAGCCCAUUGAAUCACACAAAUUAAAUCAAUUAUUUAAACCAACUCUUCACCCCCACAAAGAAAAUUCACUCUCUUUCAACUUCCAACAUAUCCUUUGUCUUCUUCUUCCAAUGGACCCCACAACAACUCCAAUUCCACAACCAGAAUCCGGCGGCCGCCUCUUCUCCGGCACGGCGGAGCAUCCCCCUUGCCCACGCUGCGACUCCACCGACACCAAGUUCUGCUACUACAACAACUACAACCUCUCCCAGCCCCGCCACUUCUGCAAGUCCUGCCGCCGCUACUGGACUCGCGGCGGCGCGUUGCGCAAGGUCCCCGUCGGCGGCGGCACCCGUAAGUCCUCCUCCUCCUCCAACAAACGCCGCCGUUUAGCAACUCCCACCGCCGCCACCGCCACCCCGAGGACCAGCAGCUCCAACAACAACUUGGUGGUUUCUUGCAGCAGCGAAAAUGACGCGACGGCGCAGUCUCGAUACACCGACCCGGUUGUCCCGAAUACGGGCCCGGGCCCGGGUUCGGGCCCGGGCUCCGGGUACGAGCAUGGUGUUGGGGUGAACUUGAACGAGGAUGCUGUGGCGGAAUCCGGGAGUGUAUUAAGUUGCUGGUGGAGUAAUACUGCUGGACAAAUGGGUUCGGGUGGUGGGCUUUUCCCCUUCGUCGACGGGUACGGGUUGGGAAUCGGGUCGGGUAUGGGUUGUGGGCCCGAUGUUCUAGAGUGGCCGCCCCUCGAGCAAGUGGCGAUGGGCGGAGGAGACACUGAUGCUGCGGUGGUUUCCGGGGAGAGCACUCCUGUUUGUAGCACGUGGCAGAUGGGUGGUGGCGGUGGUGAAGGUGGCGGCGCGGCUGAGACGGGUGACUACUUUUCUUGGCCGGAUCUUGCUAUUUCCACACCGGCGGCUAAGGACGUUAAAUGAUCUGGAAAAAGUAAAAAAGAAAAGAAAAUCAAUAUUUCCAGAUUUUCAAGAAAAUGGAUAUUAAUUAAUUAGUUCACUUUUGGUAGUGUUAAAUGUUAAUGAUCUGACAUGUUUUCUUACUGGGUAAUUAAUAAGUAUAUUUUGGUAGGCAUAAGAAUUUACAGGGAAAAGACAGCGCCAUUUAAUUUCAUGUCUUUUUUUAAUUUUAUUGGGUUGUGUGUAAAUGUGUUUUUGGGGAAUCUGUAAUAACAAUCUUUUGUACUCUACUA